AUGAAAGAUGGAGAUUACAGGCAUUUCCUAGUAAUUGUUCCACAAGUAAUACCAGCAGAUGGUUCCACAAAAGCUUGUAUUCACCUCAUCAAUCUGAAUGAAUUUGUGAGUCUUACCUGCACAUUACAUACCAAUAAAGAUGACAUCACACUAAUUAAAGAGGUCAUCAGAGAUACGAACUGGCACAGAUGCAUCAGUUUUCAGGAUAGCAUUUUGUAUAUAGCAGCAGCUGAUGAAGUUAAACUGAAUGUGACUGGAAAAGGUGACACCUACCAAUUUGAAAAGAUAAAGAAGAUUCACCUGGACAAGCGACAGAAAAGCAGCAUAUUUAUCCAGACAGAUAAACCUUUCUAUAAACCAGGGCAGACAGCAAAGUUCCGGAUUGUAUCCAUGAAUGAACAUUUUAUGCCUGACCUUGCUCAGAUUCCUUUGGUUACAGUUCGGGAUCCCAAUCGUAACAGGAUUGCUCAGUGGUUGAAUGUAACAACCCAGAAGGGAAUUGGUGACUUGUCCAUUCCUUUGGCCUCUGAACCAAUUCAGGGUCAAUACAAAAUAGAAGUCCAGGGGGCAAAAUCUAUCGCAGAGCACUCAUUUACAGUGGAGAAAUAUGGUGAGAUAUGUUUUUUUCUAAUUCCUGUUUAUUUAACCAAUGCAUAA